GCACCCAAAAUUGAGCAAACGCAACCACGCAGCCCUGGCACAACAGAUGUUUUUGCAAUCAUCUGUGUGCUGAGCAAAGUUAGCUAUCUCUUUCUACACGACUAACGCGAAUGCGUCAAAUUGUAAAUUUUUAAAUUAAAACCUAGUGCAAGAUGUUGGCUAAACGAAUGCAGCUCUGGAGGUCGACGCAUGCGGCGCUAGCAAUGAGCGCCACAUCCAACAAGGGUGCCACACAGAUGCUCCAAUCUCAGUGCAGUACUCGUCGGGAUAUGCACUUGAUCACCACCACCAGCAGCAGCAGUUGGAGCACACAGCUGCACAGGCGAGUGGCCCUAGUGCCGCCGAAAACUCUACUACCGCUCUUCGCCUCCGCGUCAGUGUCGCCCGGAGCACUCAGAUUUGCCUCCAGCUCCAGCACAGAAGGACCGGUGAAGGAACUGGUUGACCUGCCCGCUAUACCAGAAGCGCCGAUAGUGCCAGCCACGGAAAACUUAUUGGAUGCUGCCAAUCUGGUAAAUGCUUCAGGAGAAGUACCAUUUGCCUCCAUUGGGCUGGGCGGCUGGUCGCCGGUGGGCAUGGUGCAACAGUGCAUGGAAUUUCUGCACUGCACCUGGGAUAUUCCCUGGUGGGGCACAAUCGCAAUCGGAACGAUUUGUGUGCGCACCCUGAUCUUCCCACUAGUCAUCCUGGCGCAACGCAACUCGGCGCGGAUGAGCAACAACAUGCCACAGAUGCAGGUGCUACAGCUGAAGAUGACGGAGGCACGUCAGUCCGGCAAUGCCAUCGAAUCGGCCCGCUAUGCUCAGGAGAUGAUGCUGUUUAUGCGUGAAAAGGGCGUCAAUCCUCUGAAGAACAUGAUUGUACCAUUGGCCCAAGCCCCCCUCUUCCUCUCGUUCUUCAUGGGCCUGCGUCAGAUGGCAAACACACCGGUGGAAUCGAUGCGGGACGGUGGCCUCUUCUGGUUCACCGAUCUGACAAUGGCCGAUCCUUUCUAUCUGCUGCCCGUGAUAACCAGUGCCACACUGUAUCUAACCAUUGAACUGGGCACGGACAGCGCCCGUCUGUCGGCGGCCAACAUGAACACCAUGAAGUAUGUGCUUCGCGCCCUGCCCAUCGUCAUCUUUCCGUUUACGAUGAAUUUCCCCGCCGCUAUCUUAACAUACUGGGCCUGCAGCAACUUCAUCUCGUUGGGUCAGGUGGCGCUGCUGCGGAUACCCGCUGUGCGGGAUUACUUCAAGAUUGACAAAAUGCUGGUACAUGCGCCCAGCUCGCUGCCCGCCAAGAAGAAGGGUUUCGUAGGCGGCAUGAAGGAGUCUUGGGACAACAUGAAGAUCAGCAAGGAGAUCGAGGAGCGUCAGCGUUUGGAUGAAAUUCGCUUUGCCAAAGCCGGCAAGGGGCCGCUAGUGAAGACCUUCAAGUACGAUCCCACCAAACCGCAAACUGCCGCAAACAACACUUCAGCGAAUCCCGCUCAAAAUCCAACACAAAUCAUCGGCAAUCUGAAGCCUCCAAGCAAGCAGCAUUAGCUGUGUCCCUGUGAAAAGAGCCCGUUUUGUUAAUGUUAGGACUGUAGCCUUUAGUUUGAUGACCCCCAACAAGUUGCUGCAUAUCUGCACGAAUGCGUAUGCUAAGAAAUAUAUUCUAUUUUCUAUUGACAUAAACAAAAACACAAAACACACUUUGCAAAUUUAGCCCUUUGCCGAGAUGCAUUGAUUUAUGACCUCGGCGAGAUGUUGAUUCUCCAGUGCAGCGGCGACGCGCUCCUUAUCCGCCAGCUGUUUGUUCACAGCCAAUUCGGAGGCAUGCGUUCCCGGCGUUAUCUCCACGGUCACCUUGAAGCGAGGUGGCAGCGACCGCAGCAACUUCACCCGUAUGGAGAGUCCAAUUAACGUGGCCAUCGAACAGUGGGGGAUUGUGGGUGUAAAAUUGAUGUGCACCGAAUUCUGUUUGUCGCUAACGUUUAUCAGCUCCUCCUGCACCACGUGCAGUUCCUCCAGCGACAAUGGAUGCUCCGGAUCAUUGAUAUUCCUUAUGAGAUCUACGGCAAUUGAGUUAUUUUCAAAUUGCAAAAAAAGCCCAAUCCAAAUUGUACUCACCAAAAAUCUCUCGUUUGUCGAAGGGAUCCACAAUGCUUUCGUCCUCAUCUUUUGCUGUUAUUUGUCGCUCCUUGAUCUUGCCGUAGACGCUCGGAUUUAAAUUUUCAAUUUCUGUUGGCAUUUUUGUGGGUUUUACUUAUAAUUUAUUUCAAUAUUUACAAUGUGUUCGCGUUUUGUUAGAUUGUAGACGGACAGUGUGUACACACCCAAUGUGCUAGAAAUAAACACAUUUAGCCAAAUAAUA